AUGAUGACAGAAAUCAAGGAAACAAAUCCCUCUUUUGUCCUUGAGGCGAUUCAGCAUGUCGUUUUCAGGGACAUUCCCGUCCCGGAAAUCCAGGAUCCAUACGAUGUGAUCGUUCAAAUCAAGCAGACAGGUAUCUGCGGAUCAGAUGUCCAUUACUGGCAACGAGGCCGCAUAGGAGACUUCAUCCUUGACUCACCCAUCGUCCUGGGGCACGAAUCCGCGGGAACAGUGGUGCGCGUGGGGAAAGCAGUCAAACAUCUCAAAGAAGGCGACAAUGUAGCCAUUGAGCCUGGUGUUCCCUGCCGUCAUUGCUCGUACUGCCGGAGCGGCUCGUACAACCUGUGCCCCGAUACCGUCUUCGCAGCGACGCCUCCCCACAACGGCACGCUCUCGCGAUACUUCAAGACAGCCGGUGACUUCUGCUAUCCACUUCCGGAGCAUUUGAGCCUCGAGGAUGGCGCUCUCUGUGAGCCAGUCGCGUGCGCUGUGCAGAUCUGCCGCGUUGGCGAGGUCCGUGGUGGCCAGACUGUCGUUGUAUUUGGAUGUGGGCCGAUCGGAAUUUUGGUACAAAGCGUGGCGAAGCAAUACGGAGCUAAGAUCGUGAUUGGGGUUGAUAUUAAUCGCAAGAGACUUGAUAUGGCUAUCAACGUCGUGCAGUCUGCGGAUGGUGUCUUUGAGCCACCACAGUGGCCCAGGGCGAAUCCCCACGACGCAGAUGCGGAAGUCGCUUUCUAUGGGGGAGUUGCCGAGGCUAUUAAGAGAGAUUUCAAGUUAGGAGAGGGUCCCGAUGUGGUCAUCGAUGCCACUGGAGCACAAAGUGCUAUUCAAACUGGUGUUCAGCUGUGCCGGAAGGGAGGCAUAUUCGUUCAGGCCGGCAUGGGGCGCGAGAAUAUUGUCUUCCCGAUUACCACUGCCUGUAUCAGGGAUUUGACGAUCAGGGGAUCAAUCCGGUACAAGGCUGGUGUAUAUCCUGCCGCCAUUGACCUUGUGGCCAGUGGCCGCGUGAAGCCUCAAAAGCUAGUCACACACAGAUAUCAGUUUGAGGAGGCUAUGGAGGCUUUUGAGAAAGUGAAAAAUGGCGGUGAAGAUGUUCUCAAAGUAAUCAUUCAAGGGGUGGAAUGA